GCUGCUGCUUCCAACAAUGCUGCGAUUGUGAAGUUUCUUCUUGAUUGGAAGGGACCUGAGAAGAUAGAUAUGGAAGCAAAGAAUAUGCCUUGGAAAUCGAAGGAGACUCGAUGAAUGUAAUUCGCUGGGCCUUUGGCACUACCACGUACUCCUGGUCCCCCGUGCACAUUUUUGAAGAAAUCUCUCACUUGUAUUCGGGUAUCACAGUGUCAUGGCGACAUGUCUGGCAUGAAUGCAACUCUCACGCAGACACCCUCACCAAAGAAGGAGCUUCAAGCUUAGGGGACUGAGUAUUUUUUUGCAACCUCAGGCUCUGCCUUAUGUGAUGGAAUUACCCAACCUGUUUUCCUUUUAUGACAUUACAAGUCUGUAUAUGAUUUCCCUUUCAGGGAGCCCCAUUGUAAAUAGCUCCCAAAAUUUCCUGCUGCAAUUUUUUACUCCUUCCUUCUUUCAAUAGAAAGUUAACUCUCUCCAAAAAAAAAUGAAAUAGCUAUUUGGACAAGGGAAGGUAGACAAAAUUGGUAAGCUGAAUUUUGUUUCUGUUCACUUUUGCAUGACAAUCUUCACUAAUCUUUGGUGGGGCAUAUAAAAUAAGCUCACUGUUGCCUUUUCCAUUUGUCUUACAUUUUUUUUUGUUUCUUGGUUUUCUGCAGUAUGGAGAAACCCCAUUGCAUAUGGCUGCAAAAAAUGGCAGCAACGAAACUGCUCGUUUGCUUCUUGACCAUGGAGCUCAUUUAGAAGCCAAAGCCAAUAAUGGAAUGACACCAUUGCACUUGGCCAUUUGGCACUCGCUUCGUGAAGGAGAUAUCUUGACUGUUAAAGCAUUUCUAGAGUACAAUGCAGAUUGUAAUAUUACAGAUAAUGAUGGUAUGACCCCUCUUAAUCACCUUUCUCAAGGCCCAGGCAAUGAGAAUCUCCAACAACUGUUGCAAUGCCAUCUUGAAGAGCAGAUGAAGAGGAAGGCUAUGGAAGCUUGUAGUGAGACAAAAGCCAAGAUGGAAGAGUUGGAAUCAGUGAUAGCAAAUAUGGUGGGCCUAAAUGAACUGAAACUACAAUUGAGGAAAUGGGCAAAGGGAAUGCUUUUAGAUGAGAAGCGCAGAGCACUCGGACUUAAAGUAGCUCCUAGAAAAUCCCCUCACAUGGCCUUUCUUGGCAACCCUGGAACUGGAAAGACAAUGGUUGCUCGUGUUCUUGGGAAGAUUCUGCAUAUGGUUGGAAUCUUACCUACUGAUAAAGUUACAGAAGUUCAGAGGACAGAUCUGGUUGGCGAAUUUGUUGGGCAUACAGGACCUAAAACAAGGAAAAAAAUCAAGGAGGCAGAGGGUGGAAUUUUGUUCGUAGAUGAAGCAUACAGACUGAUACCCAUGCAAAAAGCAGAUGACAAGGACUAUGGCUUGGAAGCUCUCGAGGAGAUCAUGUCGGUCAUGGAUAGCGGCAAGGUUAUCAUAAUAUUUGCUGGUUACAAAGAGCCAAUGAAAAGGGUUAUUUCCUCCAAUGAAGGCUUCUGCAGAAGGGUAACAAAAAUUUUCUUCUUUGAUGACUUGAGCCCUAGAGAGCUAGCCGAAAUUGUGCUUCUGAAGAUGAACAACCAGAUUGAAGAUGGUUUGCUAUAUGGGUUUAAAUUGCACCCCACCUGCUAUAUCGAGGCAAUUGCCGAUUUGAUAGAGAGAGAAACAUCAGAGAAACAGAGGAAGGAGCUGAAUGGGGGUAUUGUGGAUCCCAUGCUUGAGAAUGCAAGGGAGAAUUUGGAUCUCAGGCUUGACUUCGACUGUGCAGAUGCUCAGAGCCUGGUUACGAUCACCAUGGAGGAUUUGGAAGCAGGUCUCCGGCUUCUCUCUAAGUGAAAAAUAUCAUAUGUUUUCAGAGUAAUAAUUUAGGGGUUAAAGUUUUUGGAGUAACUCUUAUGCGCAUUCUUUGAUUUGUAUUCAUUGGUGUUAUUGAUACCCCAUUGUUUUUUUAUCAUGAAAACAACUUAACUCACGGAAUAUAGCUAAUUAUUUCUCGGGCAAGCCUUCUAGACUUCCUCUAAUGUAUAAUAAAUAUAUAGUUCUCCUUAUCUAGCCGUCAGAUUUGAAUGAACGGUUGAGAUGGAUCCAACUACAA